ACCGUCUAGCAGUUAUCAAUCAGGAGGUAUUCUUGUUUGUAAUUUCAGUUUGUACCUUGUGUUGAUUUUUGGCAGUUGUUUAUUUGGAAAAUCGUCUAAAAAGUGAAAAUCAUCUUCGUCGAGACGUGAAGUUAAUUGUUGUUUUCUUGUUCGUCAUUCCUUGGUUCUAAUAUGUGAGGUGAAAGGUGGUGAAACAUGUCAAACUUUAUUAGCCCAAGCUCUACAAGACAAUCCGAUGAUACUAUGGAUGAUGAUGCCGACAACAAAGAUGACACUAAAAGAAAAACAAGAAAUUUAAGCGAGAAGAAAAGGCGGGAUCAAUUUAAUAUACUGAUAAAUGAACUUAGCUCCUUGGUUUCAACGAAUAGUCGGAAGAUGGACAAAUCCACUGUUCUAAAGUCGACAAUAUCGUUUUUGAAAAAUCACAACGAUAUUGCUGUACAAUCGAGGGUUAAUGAAAUACAAGAGGACUGGAAGCCUUCUUUCCUCUCAAAUGAAGAGUUCACACAUCUCUUUUUAGAAGCUUUAGAUGGAUUUAUAAUAGUUUUCACCUCGUCUGGGAGGAUUCUGUAUGCUUCUGAAAGCAUAACAUCUCUUCUUGGACACUUUCCUAAUGAUUUACUUGCAAUGACUUUGUAUGAUAUCGUAUAUCAAGGGGACCACUCAGAACUGUACAAUAUAUUCUUAAAUCCUUCUGAUUAUGAAAAUAACAAAGAAGAUGAAUUAUGUUUUACAUGCCAUUGUCGUCGUGGUGGUACUGAUAUUAAGGAAGAACCGUUGUAUGAGGUAGUCCAGUUUCUUGGUAAUUUCAGGAGUGACAUGGAUACUCUUUGUGAUAAUAGCCUAAAUGGACGUUAUACCACAGAAGGAGAUACAAGAUGGGUUUUUGUCGGCACUGGGAGAUUACAAACACCACAACUUAUAAGAGAGCUUUCCGUUAUCGACUCAACAAAAUGCGAAUUUACUUCACGCCACAGCUUGGAGUGGAAGUUUUUAUUUCUUGACCAUAGGGCCCCUCCAAUUAUUGGUUAUUUGCCGUUUGAAGUUCUGGGAACAUCUGGGUACGAUUAUUAUCACAUUGAUGAUUUAGAUAAGGUAGUUACGUGCCAUGAAGCUUUAAUGCAAAAGGGAGAAGGGACCUCGUGUUACUACAGAUUUCUUACCAAAGGGCAACAGUGGAUUUGGCUGCAGACAAGGUUUUAUAUAACAUACCAUCAAUGGAACUCAAAGCCAGAAUUCAUUGUAUGCACACACCGGGUCGUUAGCUUUCACAAUGUAUUAAAACAAGGUAACGGAGCGUAUGAAACUAUUGAAGGAUUGGAAAAGGACAAGUCAUACGAGCGGAAUCAAUACUCCACUAUUUCUAAAUCCACAGUUUGUAAACAGGAAAAGCAAAUGGGAUCAGACACAAAUUCAAUGUCAACAGAUUCCCCUCUAUCAAGGCACUCGCAACUCACUUCUCUUAGUGCUCAAUCGAGGCCGGGAAAAGUCGGCAGCACCGUCAAGAGUGAAAACAAAAGCUCAACAAGCGAAAGGACAGGCUAUACGACCCAGUCUUUUACAGUUGUCGGCAUUCCGACUCAAUCCGUCAUCACAACCAUUCCCCCACAGAGGGUCGACCAGCUGGAGAGAAGGCAGGAAGAGCUUCAACAAAGAAUAGUCGAACAGCAAACGGAGCUGCGGCAAGUGACUGAGCAGCUUUUUAUGGCCAAGUAUGGCCUUUUCCCACCAGUUUUGAAUGUUUCCCUUCCUUACACAGUUACCCAGGCUGUAAAUAUCUCAAGCCCAGACCUUUACGCAACUCACUCAUCAAGGGCUGUUCCUCCAGUAAUUAUUGACCCCCUUCAACAAGUUCACUCGUCAGACGGUUACACACUCUCACAACACCAGGCUGAGAUUAUGUUUAACCCUGCCAUCGACUCGCCUAACUCUACACCCACCAGUCAUUAAGAUGAUUUGAUUGUACCAAGCAUUGGUCAUCCAUGAUGUCUAAGGGUAGUUGGAUGUAUUAUUUGAAUAAUAAAAAUAAGUCGACUUUUUGAUAAAUGUGUUCAUAUAUCCAAAUAUUGUUAUAUUAACGUUAAACAUUGUUACAUUAGAAAAUAAUGCCUUAGUUGAUCAUUUUUACUACCCAUAAAAAAGACAUUCUAUAUGAGAUUCAUAUUUGCUAUUUAAUGAGGGUAGAUUGUUAAAAUUAUUUCAUAACAAUCAAAUUACACCCUUUAAAAAUUCCAAAUACUAGUAGCUACAAAUUUUUAGCAGUGUGGCACAAUUUUUGUACCACAUUAAAAAGUUUCAAAACCCGACAAUCCUUUUCCUCCUUAAUUGGUCAAUCGGA